AUGGACUGUCCGGAAGAGAUUCUCAUCAAGAUAUUUGAAUUCGUCUAUUAUGAACCGUAUAACUGGGUAGAUCAGCGAAGUCUCGCUGCUCUUGCGCGGACAUGUCGGAGGUUCCAGAACCCAGCCCUCGACAUUCUCUGGAGUAACUUGUCUACGCUGAAACCUUUGUUUUAUUGUCUACCUGAAGGUUCAUGGACAAUAACAAUUGGUGGAGAGAUUCAGUUGACCCGUCAUUCUUGGACACCUGAAGAUUGGAAAGCUUGUCUGAAGUACACCCCUCGCAUCAAGCGCCUCGGGAUAGACCUUCGAUGGAUGCUAUCCGGCGGUCAUUUUGGUGAUAUCUAUUCCAUUGGCCCCCUCCAGGCGCUCGCAGUGCAGUGCUUUGACUUCGAAGCAGUUCGGGAUGUCGCAGAACCACUAUGCUCCCAGUCUCCUCUCCUGGAAAAACUUUUCAUCCGGAUGCCAAUGAAGUAUCUCUCGCCAAAUCCAGAACUAUCGUGCCUUCUCCAAAACAUGAUUUGCGGACAUCAGUGUCUCCGACAGCUUUUCUGCACAGAAACUCUCCUGCCGCAAGAGGUCUUACGCUUUUUGUCAGCCUCUAAAAUUGAAGUCUUAUCGAUAAGAAAUACGGCUGAGGAAUUGCUUCAAAAUCUCCCUAGCACUGAGCAGGGUUUCUCUUCCCUCCGCCGUCUGACGGUUUGUGCAUCGCACCUCAAAUAUUGCUCGGAGUUGCUACAGCGAAUUAAUACACGGAGUCUUCAAUCGUUCGAAGUCGUACAUCUGCAUCUCCCCGACUCUUUGUCGAUCAAGGAAUUGUUUCAGACUCUUGAGCGGCGAUGCUCACAUGCGCUCUUCAACUCCGUACACCUCCACCAACCCCGUCACUCCGAAGAAAACUAUUACGCGCCCGAAUAUGGUCUCGCGCUGUCAAAUUUUAGGCCCCUGUUCGCGUUCAAGAACCUGGAGGUAUUGGAAAUUGAGUUGUUUUGUCCUUUCCGACUGGAUACGUCAGAUAUCAAACUCAUGGCCCCAAAGUGGCCCUGCAUGCGUCAAUUUAAAUUGGGAUACUAUUACAAAGGAUUCGGCCAUCCCUCAAAAAUUUCAGUGAACUGUUUGCUUUCCUUCGCCAGACACUGGCCAGAUUUGGAGGAGCUUAGCAUCUCGUUAGGUGAUCUAUGGAAAACAUCUCACGUUCAAGGGAGACCUGGUCGCGGUUACAGUUGCCCCAAAGUUAUAGACCUGGCCCUCGGGGAUUCACGCGUGGACUCACAAUCUUGUUAUAGGCCUUUGGCUGAAUUUUUGGAUGAUUUCUUCCCGAGCAUUGACGGUGUAAUUAAGCGCCGCGAAAUGGGCUCCCUCGAAAGACAUAUUGGACCGUGGGUCUAUAUUACAGAUAUCAUGGCGGAACUUGCGACGGAGAGGGAGGAAGCGGAGCUGGACUCAGAUUCGCAGCCUUAG